AUGAUUCUGGAAUUAGUUUGGAAUGUUGAUGUAAUUUUAGGUAAUAAUUACCGCAUUGUUGGAGGUAACGAUACCACUAUCGAGCAGCAUCCAUGGAUAGUGUCAAUCCAGUUCUUAAGGGUACACUUUUGUGGCGGAGCUCUUGUAGAUGAAGAAACAGUUAUAACCGCUGCGCAUUGUUUUAAUGAUGUAUCUGGUAGGAUAACCAUAUUAGCGGGAACUGCUGAUUUGACUCAAGAAGGUACGUCCAUUAAAGUUAAAAGUAUUUUGAUUCACGAGAACUACAAUCCUGAUGUUGGUUCUUUAGAUCAUGACAUUGCAAUAUUAAAGCUAUCCGAGAAGAUUACAUUUUCUGACAAAAUACAACCUAUAAAUUUACCGGAAGAGGACAUUGAUGUACCAAAAGAUACAAAAGUUUCAACUGCUGGUUGGGGAGUAACGGAGGAAGGAGGUACGACAUCUUCGGAUAUAUUGUUGGAAAUCAACAUCAAAAUUGUCGAUAGGCAAACCUGCAAAAAACUUCUUGAAGAACAAAGCGAAGUUACAGAGAGAAUGAUAUGCGCUGGGGAUCUUAAAGGAGGAGUAGAUACAUGUCAGAAUGAUUCGGGAGGACCACUAGAACUAAACACGACAUUAAUUGGCAUUGUAUCCUGGGGAUAUGGCUGCGGAGAAGCCGGUUAUCCUGGAGUUUAUACCCAUGUUGCACGUUUCAGAUCAUGGAUAAAACAACAUGCUGGUGUCUAGCGCUUGUCGAAGCAUUAUCCUUGGAUAAAUUUGUUAUUUGUGUUUGUAGUUCUGCUUUAAGUUGUAAUUUCUUAAAUGAUUAAAUGUAAAUAAAGCUUAAAUUAUAAUUGGCACAAUAAACUCACAAA